AUGCUCCGUCAAAAAUCGAAUUUGGCUGCGCGUGGGUGGGAGUGGGUCACGGCCCGAUCCACGCCGACUCACGGGUGCGAGAAUAAUCACCACCCGAGGCCUGGAACUCUCUCGCGUCUCGCUUGCACGCUGCGUCACUGCGGGCUCCCGAGUCGGGCACUCGCGACCUCUGCGUCCUCCUCCUGCGCCGCCGCCGCCGCCGCCUCCGAGCCGUCCACCGCAUCCUCGCGGCCGUCCACAACUUCCGAGCGGUCCACCGCAUCCUCGCUGGAGUUUGCGGCCUCCUCACCGGCGUCCGCUGCAUCCGAGCCGGCCGCCGCCGUCCAUUGCCUCAUUGCCGGCGUCGCCCCGGCGGCCUGCUCUCUUGAUCAAGGGUUCAAGACGCUUCUACUCUCCCACCGGCGGCGGCGACGGCUGCUGCUCUCCCACCAACGGCGGCUGCUGCUCCAGAUUAGAAGAAAGGUGCAAGAAGGAGAAGCUGCUCCUCAACCUCGACCCCAAGAAAACUGGAUCAUGCCGCCUGACCAAGUAUCAGGACUUGAAAAGGCUUUGGUUGAACUACUACAUGAUCACAACAACGACUGUUAUAGGAGUCAGAACGCGUGGUCCACAGAAGCAUGGAACAGAAUCGUCAAAUUGGUCCAUGAGAAGUUCCCCUAUGUCAAAUUUACAAAGGUUCAAAUUCAAGACAAAGAGAGAGAGCUUAAGAGGGAAUAUAGAGUUCUAAAAGAAGCAAGACAACAAAGUGGUGCGUCAUGGGAUGAUAAGCUGUGCAGGAUUGUAGCAGAUCAACCUGUUUGGGACAAAAUCCUUUCUUCUCAUCCUAAGGCCAAGAAAUUCCAGAAUGAAUCUUUCCCAUUGUUUGAGGCUUUAGGAGAGCUAUAUGACGGACAAACUGCCGAGGGAACCCUGAACUUCACCUCAAUUGCCCCUUCCCAAGUUCCUAUCACUCAGCUUUCCCAUGUUCCUCUCACUCAGCCUUCUCAAGCUCCUCUCACUCAGCCUUCCCAAGUUCCUGUCACUCAGCCUUCUCAAGUUCCUGUCACUCAGCCUUCUCAAGCUCCUGUCACGCAACAUUAUAUAGGAGAAGAUGAAAAUUUCCCCUUUGACUCUUCUGUACACAAUGUUGAAACUGAUGAUGACGAGUUGAGGAUAUUGGAACAGCCAGUUGCAAGUGGUGCCGCUGCAAGGUCAAGAAUGGGAAAAAGAGUUGCAAGCGCUACAAGUAACAAAACAGAAAAGGCAGCACGAAGGCGUCGACAAGAUGGAAAGGUGGUUGAGAUGAUGGGAAGGUUUAUAGAAAUGAAAGAGAAGCAAGAAUCUAUGCGGCAAGAAAGGGCAAGAAGUAAUCAGCAUGAGGAUGAGUUCCUCAUCCCGGUGUGCAUCGCAGUUGUGGACAAGAUGGAAGAUCUGUCAGAUGAUGAGAAGGUCGAGGCUUAUGAUGUCUUCAAAGAUCCACAAAACAGGGCCAUUUUCAUGACCGCGAAAGACUCUACACGACUCAAGUGGUUAAGGAAGAAGAUUAGAACUGCAUAA